AGUGACGACGAACGCCGCCGUUGCUGGGCACACAGCCCACGCUGUUGCUGACGUGGAGUUUCCGGCGCGGCAGCACACCGCAGCUGCUGCGGGGAGACCCAGCUGUGGGCAGUUAGGCCGCACGCUGGACUAAGGCCGCCGGGCGGGCUGAGCGAGGGCUUGGGAGCGCAGCACCAUGCCGGGCUUCCGAACCCAGUUCCAGGGCUACAGCGUGCGCUUUUCGCCGUUUGAGGAGGCGAAGGUGGCUGUGGCCACCAGCCAGAACUUUGGCAUCAUUGGCAACGGGCGGCAGUAUGUGCUGCAGAUGGGCCCCGGCGGACUGCAGGAGGUGCGCGUGUUUGACACUGUGGACGGCCUGUAUGACUGCGUGUGGAGCGAGGAGAACGAAAACAUUCUGGUGUCCGCCUGCGGGGACGGCAGCAUCAAGGUGUGGGACCUGGCGGCUCCACCACAGGCCAACCCGCUGCGCAGCUUUGAGGAGCACACACACGAGGUGUACAGCCUGCACUGGAACCAGGUGCGGCGAGACUGCUUCCUGUCGGGCUCCUGGGACGAUACAGUCAAGCUGUGGAACCUUCAGGCCCCCACCUCCCUGCGCACCUUUGCCGAGCACACGUACUGCGUGUAUGCGGCGCAGUGGAACCCGCAGCAGGCAGACGUCUUCCUGUCGGCCUCGGGGGACUGCACGGUCAAGGUGUGGGACCUGCGGCAGCCGCGCCCCACGCUGAGCCUGGCGGCGCACGCGUACGAGGUGCUGGCGGCAGACUGGUGCAAAUAUAACGACUGCGUCAUCGCCACGGGCAGCGUGGACAAGUCGAUACGGGUGUGGGAUGUGCGCAUGCCUGAGCGGGCGGUGGCCACGCUGCUGGGGCACACCUAUGCGGUGCGGCGCGUGCUGUUCAGCCCGCACGCCGAGACGCUGGUGGCGUCGUGCAGCUACGACAUGACUGUGCGGCUGUGGGAUUAUGCGGCCCCUGAGGACGCCCUGGUGCGGGUGUGGGACCACCACACCGAGUUUGCGGUGGGGCUGGACUGGAGCACGCUGGUGGAGGGGCUGCUGGCCAGCUGCGGCUGGGACGAGAUGACGUAUGCCUGGCAUAUGAAUGCCGACCCGCGGGUGGCCUAGCCGCCGCCGGUCGGCGCAGCGGCGGUGGCACCCGCGUGGCGCUCGUUUAGUGUUGACUCAAGUGCAGGCGACCGCGGCGGGCUCGCCCUCAGCAUGUAAGGCAACGAGGGGUGGAC